AUGUCUGACGAAAUAAUAAUAUCUUCACCUUUAAGAUAUUCGUCUGCUUCAACUUCUAAACGUCCGGUUAGUUCCGAUAUAUCAAAUGACGGACGAUCUUUUACCAAUUCAUCACAUAUCAAUAACCUUAGCGAACGAUUACGUGAAGUCGACUUUAACUCACCAGCAAAGAUAUUUCAAAAUAAACAUGCUAUUCAUCAAUUUGAAAACGUGACACCUGAUAUCUCUAUUCCCAGUACUCCAAGAUAUCAUGAUGGAGGAGGAGCAGCAAGUCAAUAUACAACAUCUCCAGGAGCACAAACUCCUCGCUCUAUCUCACCGACUUCAGGUGAGCAACGGCCUAAACCACCUUCUACUGCAUCAGAGGUCAUGUCGUCGAGCAAGAGUCCCUCAAGACCUCUCUCUCAGUCUGGUACUGCCUCUAUCUCACGUACAAGCACACCUUCUCAAUUCGUCUUUAAGAAACCAGAAUACAAUAGUCAUUAUCAUCAUACACACUUUCAUCAUCUUGAGAAAAAGGAUACCAUCUUUCAUGAUUUGAAACGAUUUUUCAAAAAGGGACAUGAUAAAAAGAAGACAAAAAAAUUAUUAGAUGAUACUUCAAGUGUGCGUAGUAGUGGUGCAUCCUCUGUACAUAGUAGAUAUAGUGAUUUAUCAUUUGCAAAUGAAUUUAAUAAAAACUUGGAAGGUCGAUAUGGCAAAUGGGGUGAAUUUGUGGGUAAAGGAUCAGGUGGAUCUGUUAGAAUUAUUCGUCGUAAUAUAGAUGGGAAAACAUUUGCAGUAAAGGAAUUUAGAAAGAGGGCACCUGGUGAAAAUGAAAAAGAAUAUGUGAAAAAAGUGACAGCUGAAUUUUGUAUCGGUUCUACUCUACAUCACCCUAAUGUGAUUGAAGCCCUUGAUAUUAUUCAAGAAGGUCAAUCAUUUUAUGAAAUUAUGGAAUACGCACCUAAUGAUUUAUUUAAUAUUGUUAUGAGUGGUAAGAUGGGAUCUGAGGAAAUUGCUUGUUGUUGGCGUCAACUUUUGAAUGGUGUAAGCUAUCUUCAAUCGAUGGGUAUUGCACAUCGUGAUCUCAAGUUAGAUAAUAUGGUGCUAGAUGAGCGUGGUAUUGUAAAGAUUAUUGAUUUUGGUUGUGCAACUGUCAUUAAAUAUCCAUUUGAAGAACAUACCCAUAUGAGUAAAGGUAUUUGUGGUUCAGACCCUUAUAUCGCACCUGAACAAUAUACACAAAAAGAAUAUGACGCGCGUAAAACAGAUUUAUGGUCUUGUGCAAUCAUUUUUAUCUGUAUGACUAUUCGUCGUUUCCCUUGGAGAUUACCACGACCUGAAAAGGAUCAAUCCUAUAACAAUUUUGUACAACCUGAUCAUAGUGGUGCGGAAAGAUUAUUUAAACUCUUGCCUCGUUACUCAAGGUCGAUCAUUUCUCGGAUUUUAGUCCCAGAUCCAAAACAACGAUGUACACUACAGGAUGUAUUGAAUGAUAUAUGGGUGAAGAAUAUUGAAUUUUGUCAACCUGAGAAGCCUUCCAGUGACCAUCCUCAUCAUUUACUUUUUGAACCUAGUAAAGAAAUCAUGAAGCGUGGAAAUAUCAUUAUCCUGCCUCCUUCAUCACGUAACAAAGAAGAAGAAGAAGAUAAUCAGACAGAUAAAAAGAAAAAGGCAUCAGAGCAUCACCAUCAUCAUCAUCAUCAUAAGAAAUAA